CAGCAUGUGUGUGUGUUAUUGGUUCGCAUGAAGCAGGAAGAGAAGCAGCAGCAGCAGACGAGCAGCUCUGGACGAACACCCCGCGGGACCUCCGUGCGUUUACUGCUCUUCUCAGGAAGCAUGUCAUGACCCAUGCUCGGAAAAACGCUUCCAUUGGCCAGUAUCGUGUCGAGGGGCGGGGCCACGUAGAGCGCUGGUCACAUGGUGAAACUGUGGGCGGAGCCUGGCCUGUGCAUUCAUUGCGAGAAGGCAAGGCCAAGAAAGACAUGGCGAAGAAAGUCAAGACCAACGGUCGGGAGAGUCAGUGUUUGGCAAAACAUUCAAUGAAAAUGAAUGAAACUAAGACCAAGAAAGGAAAGUGCAAUACUACAAGUGAGCGCCAUCGGAAGCUCUACCCGUUACGAGGAAGAAGCGAGGCCAAGAGUUGCCACGUUCUGCUCACUCGCCUUGAUGAUGAGACCAAGGUGUGCGAGGUGGAUCCCGAUAGAGUUUCAGGGCACAAAAAGAAACCAAAACCCUACAAGAAAGCAGAAAACAGCAGGGAGUCCUUGCAGGAGCGUCUCAAAACCAAACCGGAGGCCACCAUUGAUAAACCUUCAGCUCAGGAGCCACGGAAACGUAGACUAGCCUCGCUCAACGCCGAGGCGCUCAACAGUCUUCUGCUCGAGAAAACCGACGGGCCGCCAGGUGCAAAACUCGCUAGGAAACAAGGCGGUGGUUCGUCCACUACAGAGCAAACAAAGACCGGCUCGAAAAGAGCCGUAAAGACGUGCCAAAAGCCCAAGCGGAUGAAAAAGGCCUUGACCGAUAAGACGCCUGACGCUUUGAGUUUGUACGCUCCCACUCCCAGACGCUUGGCUGGACUCAACGCCGCUGCGCUGCUGAAGCUCACCAGCUCAACCGCCGCAAACAAGCACAGGAUCAAAACGGACCGCAAGACCGUCUGCAAACCCCAAGCGCAGAAGUCCGGGAAACACAGCUGGACGCAGCCUGAACUGGAAGGAGCCUGCGAAGUGUGCAAAAGCAGGAGCUUCGAGUCAAAGCCAACUCCGGAAAGCCACCGCUUGGCUGAAGCAGGAUACCAGAGCAUGCUGGGAUAUCGUCCCGUGAAGCUAGUAAAGGAGGAGCCGGUGGAAGCAGAGCUGAGUCCGUACUUCUGUUGUCCGCCGGAAGGUUCGGUGGGGUAUUGCCACCGGCUGGCGCUCUUCCUCGGGCGGCAGGCGUACGGCGAGGGCGAGGAGCAGCCGGUGGUCAAGCACGAGUGCCUGGUUCCGGCGCAUCCGGCCCUGACGCUCAGCGCCCAUCCCUGCCUGUGUGUGGAUCCCUGCUGCUCCAGCUACUACGUCCACAUCGCUCAUCCGGGGACGGCGAGUCUGAGCGCUCGGAUGCUGCCCUGCACGCACUCCGGGUCCCAGCUGCUGGCCUCCUCGGGUGUCCCACACCCUGCCUUCUGCGGUUCAGUCGGGUCGCCCUGCUGCGCCAAGGCCUGUCGGGUCAGCGGAUACGCCUUCAGUGCCGUGCAGAGCAGGACCUGCUCGUUUUCCACCAACUGCUCCAGCUGCAGCCAUCCAAUCAAAACAGAAGAGGAGCACAGUCGCACGCUCCUCGUUCCCCCGGACCUGCCGCGCUCCGGAUGUCCCGGCAUGCCCCGAGUGACCCCGCGCCUUCUGUCCACGACGUCCGAGGCAGAGGUCAGGCUUAAGGUGGGCAAAGAAUGCCCUCAGAACACCAAGCCAUCCAACGGCUCGCUCACUAUGGGCCACAGCAGAUCAUCCCUGAAACACCCCACAGCAAGUGCCAAGCAUCAGAAGAAGGCGAGCCACCGACAAGCCACGAACGGUUGGCGUCCGGUCGGAGUCCCCACGGAGAAGGAGGUGUUUAUUGCGGGCGAUGACGAGACGGUUCUCCGUCAGAGUUAUGAAGGAGUGGAGCGCGACGGAGAGGUGAUCAGGGUACGAGACACUGUGCUCGUACGAUCCGGACCCCGCAAGAAAUCCCUGCCAUACGUGGCCAAGAUCUCAGCUCUGUGGGAAGACCCCAGAACAGGAGAGCUGAUGAUGAGUCUGUUUUGGUACUAUCGGCCUGAGCACACGCAGGGCGGCAGAGAUCCCAGCAUGCACUGCGAGAACGAGAUCUUCGCCUCCCGUCAUCAGGAUGAGAACAGCGUGGCCUGCAUCGAGGAGCGAUGCUACGUUCUGCCGCUAGCACAGUACUGUAGAUUUUGUGCCUUGGUGAAGCGCCGCUCGGAGGGCAUGUCCGACCAUGCCCCGCUGGUGCCACGCCCCUCCGACAGCACUGGCCCCGCCCCCCACCCGGUGCCCCGCUCCUCCGACAGCACUGGCCCUGCCUACCGCCUGGUGCCCCGCCCCUCCGACAGCACUGGCCCUGCCCCCCGCAUGGUGCCCCGCCCCUCCGACAGCACUGGCCCCGCCCACCGCCCGGUGCCCCACCUCUCCGACGGCACUGGCCCCGCCCACCGCCCGGUGCCCGACGGCAUCGACCCGCAGCUGGUGUACCUGUGCCGACACGUCUACGACUUCCGCUACGGCCGCAUCCUCAAGAACCUGCAGUGAAACUGUGAUCUGUGUGGUCCAGUGGAAGCGGAGCGGUUCUGGUCAGCAUUCAGGGCCGUUAGAUAAUGAUGAUGGAAGGACACGACCAGACCGAGUCUCCGGUCUUAAUCCACGAUUAAUCUGCCUUCUUCAUUUCUCCUUCAGAGACUCAUUCCAGCCUCACUCUGUUCAUCUGCUCGCUGAAGGUUCGGUGGUUCUGUUCAACUCCUUGUCAAGUACACUGGACUGUCACACUGCUGAGGGAUGAUGGGAGAAUCUCUGAAGGAUCCACAACACGGAUGCUUUCAUAAAACAUCUCCAUUAGUCGAGACCAAGACUAGAUCCAGACCCAGACUAAAGGUCUGUUCACGCCAAUAAUGAAAUAACGAUAACUAUAAUCACUUUUAAUUUCAUGAGAAUAACGAGUUCCACAACAACUAUAACGACACGGAUGAAGGAUAUUGUCAAAAUGAUAAAGAAUAAAAACAUUCAGAUAGCUCAAGCAUUUAAAGCGACGGACCACAAAACUUCUAAAGUUAUUCUAAGAGAAAAUACAGUUUCAGCCUUUCUACUUCAAAACGUCACAUUUACUUCAAUGCGUUACUUGCCUCUUUUCAUAAUUAUUUGUGAAAUUUACUAGCCGUUUCUGAGUGAAAAUGGUUUCAAAGUAAAUCCCACACCAUUGUUUUAGACUGUAGUUAUAAUUAGUUAUAUAGUUAUCGUUACGGUUUUUGGUGUGAAUCGGCCUUAAAGGGACAGUUCACCCAAAAAAGAUAAUUCUAUCAUCCUCAUGUCGUUCCAAACCUGCAUGAGUUUCUUUCCUCUGUUAAGCACAAAAGAAGAUAUACCGAACACUUAUUCUACAGUAUUGUUUCUAUCCUAUCGUUUGAUUUUAGGGUGAACUGUCCCUUUAAGGGCUGGAGAAGAUGCUUAUCUGAUCGAAGUUCAGCUUUUGUAGACCAUUCAUUUUUCCUCUUUCUUUAACAUCCGACGACUCAAUGAACCAAAGGACGGUGAGAAUCACAAAACCUGCAGGGUUAAACACGGCCAACUAAUCAGCGAAUCGGAGCAGCCGAAGUGUUUGGCCUGAUUUGUACGGAGAUCUGUGUUUUAUAUGAAUGAUAUUGAGCUUUUAGAUUCAGAUCCUGUAGAAUGCACAAAUGUAUUUUUAAUAUUUAUUUGAUGACGCUUCUAGUCUCCCCCUAGAGAAAUUGCACUAUUACAUCCCCCGUCAUGUUUGUCUUGUUCUUUGGCUUGAUUUUUUAGAUGCAGAGCUUUAAUUGGAUGGAAAUCUACUAAACGCGUGCUUCGAGUUAAUCACUCUUCGUUUUGUUCAUCUCGACACCAUUAUGUGUCUAGUUGCAUUUUAUUAUUUGUGUUUAAUACAGUUUUUCACCUGCUGUUGAUGAGAGACGGACACAGCUGUUUAGUAGCACCUUAAUAUAAAUGUGUGGCAAAUAUUAGAUGCAAAAUAUAUGAUUAGAAAUUUAUUAUUUUUAUUGAACAUGCAGAGUUAUUUGUCCAUGCUUCACAAGAUACUAGUUACGAUGAAUCUAGUUCAGCUGGUGAGCGCUUCUUUCCAGUGAUUACUGAAGAAACGUCUCUGAAAAUAAUUGAAAUGACGGCGUUUGGGAACAGCAUCGUCUUUCUGCUUUCAACUUCUUCUGAACAAAAAGGAGAUAUUUUAUUAAGUCUGUUUCUAAAGCUGGAACAUGCAAUAUAUUUUCAGGACUAUUUUUGAGAAAACAAAUCUAUUUAAAUGCCUGUCCUCUUCUCUGAGUUCUCUAAAUCAUACUUUUGAGAAAUAAUUUAAAAUGAAGUAUACACAUAUAUCUAUAUUUCAAGUCCUCUUGGUUUAACAAUGUUUUGAAGUGCUGUUGCAGUCUUGUGCUCAGUAAGUGCAGUGGAUUUAUUAUUAUUUAUGAUUAUCGUCAGUCUUAAUGAGCUCUUCAGUAAUAUCAGACGAGUUCAAUCGAGAGGUUCGGACCGAAGCACGUCUUCAGACUGCUGUGAGUAAAUACUCUACAGAUAUGGUGUAAAAACACGGUAAAUGCAGCGUUACACUGGAUGGACGUGACUCGCUGAGCCUGAUUUCACUCUAGUUUUUAUCUGCAGCUCGUUUUAAUCUCUAUUUAGUUUGUUUCUCUGAAGUUCGUGAGUUUUUGUUUUGUGAUUUAUGUUAUUGGCUGAUUGUUUAAUUGUCACUCAUCUGUGGUGUUGAUGACUAUUACAGACAGACUGAUUUUAUAUGGAGGAUUUUAAACCUUUCAGACCACUGGGAAAUAUUCCAGAUCAUUCCAGAGAAAGUAUAUAUAUAUAUAAACUAUAUAUGCACUGUAUAUAUAUAUAGUUUCCUGAUCGACCAUUAGUUAAUACUGACCAAUCACAGACACCGUUGCCCGUUCCAAAAUCUGCUUUUGUUUUGUAUCUUAUUUGUUUUUUGUGUUUU